ACAAACAACAUAGAUGUGGUAUAAAAGCCCAGAUGAGUAGAGCGCAUUUAAAUUAGUUGAAAGCAAGAUGAAAGCAUCAUUGUUAGUGUGUCUCAUCCUGACGACGGUCUUCAUUCUGAACGUCUCCGGCAGCAAUAGCAGCUCCACCGAGGAAGGGUUUGACUCUCCAGUUGGUAUCGUCAUGACCCGUUCUAAAUCUAAGUCUCGCAGUUCCCAAGCCUGCCGUAGAAGUGUCCAGAAGAAUUGCUCCUCCUCCACGAAGACCUGCGGUCGCCUGGGAAGGGCCAACAUUUGCCAGGCUUUCAAGAACGACUGUCAACGCCAACUGAGCAACUGUGGCUCCAAAAAGUUUUAUCGCAAGGUUGACCUGGUCCUCUGUCGAGGCCUGCCCAUCGAUGUCGUGCGACCCUGCGGAAGUGGGCAAUCCUAGUGCUUUGAAAGAAAAAAAAACUGUUAACUAUUUCUUAAAGAACUACAUAAACCUUAUAAUUUAAUGCUUAAACUAAAAAUAACUAGGGGCAAAGCUAAGAGAUAAACUCGGCUAUUGAUCCCGAUCAAGAAUAUACAUACGUUAUAUGGUCGGAAACGCUUCAUAAUAAUCAUUCACAAUUUAGGGACAGCCUAAAAGUAUAUUUUUCGAAACAUUUCGAAAACACGAAGCUCACAUGUUAUUUGAACAGCAAACUUAUUAAAAUUCCGAACAGCUCACGUGUUGCUUUACUCACUUUUUAUAUGAACUAAGAUAUAUUUACACAAUUGCGAGCAAACUGAACUGAUAUGCGGAAUGAACAAAAACC